GCGCGCAACAGUUCAAAACAGCUCGUCUCACUUUCGGUCGAAUUAGAUCUAUGAGGUGGUUGGUGGCUUUGGAUUGAGUGGCGUGAAACGCGUGCGCGAUCCACCUUUCGGUGAUUUCGGUAACGGAUUAUCGUUUGGAAAAGAAAAAAAAAACCGCAUUGAGGCGCCUCUUUUCUUCUGGUCGGGCAGUGAGUAAAAGCCGCACAUGAUACGCAUCACAAUAUUGGCACAACGUGACUGGUUGAUUUUCGUGUUCUGAUUCCCGUCGUCGAAAUGGGACCAUUAUGGAGCAAGGUGCACGUUUAGGUUGGAAAGUGAAGCAUCUAGCGAGCAAACGCUAAGUUCGAAAGCAUUUGGUGUGAAUUGUGGUGCUGGAAGAAAGCGAAAACCGAAGAACAAACAAAUCAGAACGUGACACGAACAGGUUGAUCUGAUUAAGAAAGUUUGGAAUUCGAAUCCAGAAAAAAAAGGAUGAAGAUGAAGCUGUUGUUGCUGAUGUGCUGCUGCUUGGUGGUGAUGGUUCUGAGCGAACCAUGUCCGGAUCAGACACGCCCCCAUGCAUCUCGCUGUGAUCAGUACUUCCGAUGCGUGUUGCUGCCCUCAAAAACGCACGUCUGGGUGCCAACGCAGUGCAAAAAAGGCCUAAUUUAUGAACCACAGCUUAAGACCUGUGUUUUGCCUGGAGACAACUGGGAGUGCAAUCUAUCGGCUGAAGAGGGCGAAGAAAGCGGGGAAAACGUGUACGGGAUCAACAAUUUGCCGGCGGCCAUUUACACCGGACCAACGGGUAGACCUGUCCCUUCAACGACACCCGUUCGAUCGAUGGACCGGGAAGUUGCGUCUACGGAUAGUGGGUAUGGUGCCAGUGGAGUUCCUGAAGGGUCAUUCACAACUGAAGCAGAGUCAACGAACGAAUCGGAAACUGUGACACCUGGCGGUUUAUCGAACCUUCCAACCGUCAGCGGAGAUAAUGAAGGUUAUUAUAUUGUAUUGGAUGGCGAUGGAAACAAUCGUUCGACCUUCUAUCACACAACGGCUGCGUAUGAAGUAGAAGAAACGGAGGAAUUCAGCGGAGAUGGUAUAAUUGAAGAUGUGGCCCCAGCCAGCGGAGCAAGUUAUGACGGAGAAAUGGAAGACAAGCAGUCCUCAGCGAUGUUGUCAUCCGAAGAGUUGUCCAAGACCGAUUUGAACUUAUUUCUGGCCGAUUAUACGCUACAAGAGAGCAGUGAGCCUCCUUCUAAGAAGAAUAAGAAGAAAAAGCAUCCUCUGCCACCAGAUGGUAAAAUCCACCCAGAGCAUCUAACGACGAUUCUGCAUCAGCAGAAGAAGCUAAACAAAUAUGCUUCUCAGAUCAAACGAAAGGGAGAUCCAACCGGAGGUGUUGGAAAUAUGUCACCGUUCGUGGAUAGACCCGUAUUCACUAGUCGUCCGGAGGGAUCGGUUCUGUUCAAUGUGCCACAGAUGCCACAGAGAAUUCCAGAAGAGUCUCAUUCAAAGCCUCCGUUAAUGUCUGAGGAUGUGAUUCGGAGUAUAAUCGAAAUCUCCAAGCAGAUGAUGACACAUCAGAAGCCUGCGAUUGAAGAAAUGUAUGUGAAGCCAAUCUUCAUCCCAAUUUCAGUCAGCUCGCCAUCACAAGACUUCACCAGACUCCCUGAAAAUCCGAGCAAAAUCGUAUACCACCAGCUGUUUCCAUCGCUUUCCAAUCAUAGUUCUCAGUUUAGUUCAAAACCAAUCGGAAUAACUAUAACAAACCCUUACAAUUUAGGUCAAGCAACGGUUUACGACAACUUGCGUGAACAGAUAAUGAACGAUUCGAUGUACAGCAAUUACCAAUCGUCGUUCAUGGACGCCUACGGCAACCGUUUCCCAAUGCAACAGCAAAUGUCGAAUACUCCCAUGUAUCCAUACCCACCACCGCCGCCGAUGGCCUAUCCCGUGUUCAGUCAGCCACAGUAUCAGUAUCCCCACCCAUACCCGAACCCCUACUACGAUCAGUCUUUGGCUAUGAAUCGCCUAAGAACCAGUGGCGCUUACGACAACGAUGAUUCUCAGUCCAACGAGAACGUCCUCUCCGAAGAAGAAGACGACGCGUCAGCUGAAGUCCCAGAAAAGGACGUACCCGUCGCCGUCGAUCAGCAAUCAAACGAAGAAGAAAGCGAAGAAAUUUCCGAACAAUCCGGCACCAAGAAACUAAUUGCGGUUGGCGGAUCCAUUAUGAACUACAAAGAUUACAAGGACAGUAUCCUUCCUUUGCUGGACGCCAAUCCAGAUGACGUCCGAAUCUCCGUUCUGACGUGCACUCUUGGAUCACGACAACCGAACAAGACGGAAUGCACCAAAUACUACGUGUGUAACCCUCAAAAUGGUGCCUUCCAAUCUUUCACCUGCCCUUCGUUCACCGCCUUCAACGCAGACACUCGCCUUUGCGACUCUGCUACGUACAAAUCCUGCCAAAACGCCAAACAAACCACAACGACUCAAAAAGCAACCACUCUUUCUCGUAUAGCUCAGCCUACGCACCAGACCAAGCUUACGUCGGAAGCCAAUCAGCUGAAACAGAACCUCAUAACUGCCCACAAGUACAUAGACAUGAUCAAGAAACAGGCCUACAAGAUCCUCAGCCGAAACAAGAUAACCACCGAAACCCCCACAGAACAGCCGGAAAACGACGGCAUGAUACGGAUCACGGCACCAACCAUGGCCAGUAUGGUCCCGUCGAUUACCGCUCCAACUUACACGACUUCGACCACGACGAAGCGAUUGAGAGCGAAGCCCAAACGAAAGCACACCAAGAAGCGAACGUCCGUCAAGUCCGGUCUACACAAGGCCGCUCUGUCCAAGGCGUCUCGCAAGUCGACGAGUUCUACCACGAGUACGACCUCAACGACGACGACCACCACAAGCACUACGCAACCGCCUGCGCCUAAAGCGCCCAAAUGCAGGAAGAAUGGCAAGAUGCCAGAUCCGGCGGUGAAGAACAACUACUACGUGUGCUACAAGGCAAGUCCGAAGAAGUUCAUCAAAACGAGGAUGGCCUGUCCGCACAAUCUGGUGUACUGCGAGAGCACUGGGCUGUGCACUUAUGAAAGGAAGUGCAAGAGAGGCUGAGGACGCUGGCAGAGGUGAGCUGUAACAUAGGAUUUCUUAGAUUGUAGGUAUUUAUUUCCCGUGAGUAUUUAUUAGAUGUGAGUGAACGAAUAAAGUACGAGAGUAUGU